GGCUGGGUGAGCAGCAGUAUAAAGCUGCUGCUCUGUUGUUGGGCUCGUGUCGACAGAUCCCGCGUGCUGCAGCUGAUGGGGACUGCUGGAGUGUGUGUGUGUAUCAGAGUGUGUGAGUGUGUGUGUGUGUAGUAAAGUUUAGUGGGAGGGCUGUCGGGACGGGGUGCACGGUGCUGUGAGCUCGCGCGCGCGGCGGAGGUUCGGGAAAGUUCGGUUCGGUUCCUCCUGAAUGGACUUUAGUUAAAGCGGCUCGAGCCCGGCUGUGGAUCAGGGCUCUGCGCCAGGGAGUGCGUGAGAGCGCGCGCGCGGGUGUGUGUGUGUGUGUAGGAGAGAUGGGGUCCCGGUACCGGUGGAGUGUCCGCGCGCUGCUGCUGCUGCUGUUAGUUGGACUUGCACGCGCCACCUGGAGCUCUGGACCUUACCGGUACACCAGCACUGGAACCACCGAGCACAGGAGGAACUGGUGUCCCCAUUCUGUUACUAAAACAGUGACGUGUCAGGUGCAGAAUGGAACCACACUUCAGAGAGUCUAUCAGACCUGCAGGUGGCCACAGGGCUGCACUGGCGGCAGUUAUCGUACAGUGGUCCGGCCGUCCUAUAAGGUGGUGUAUCGCACCAUCACUGCUCUGGAGUGGAAGUGCUGCCCGGGGUACAGCGGCACUCACUGUGAGGAAGGUCCGGCGAGCAGUAAUCUGGUGGCUCAGGAAGCCGUGAGGAAACAGGCCACCUUCCGUAAACCAGUGGUGGUCAAACCCCCAGAAAAUCUCCCCAGUUGUCUGAACUGCAGUCGUAUCACAGCUCUGACUAAUCGGCUCAGCUCUCUGGAGGCGAAGGUCCAGCUCCUCUCCGGCCCCGCCUCUCACGGACCCUCCCAGUCUAAAGGUGGAGGUGACCCCGACUCCUCUGCCCUCAUGGGGGCGCUGCCUGCUAGAGGAGCUCCUGGAGCUCAGGGUCCUGCAGGCCCACAAGGUGAAAAAGGCAAGGAUGGCACGCCUGGCAAAGAUGGUAAACCAGGUACUCGGGGUCUACCUGGGCCGAAGGGUGAAGCAGGUGUGAGGGGACCCUCAGGUGUUCCAGGAACAAGAGGAACAUCUGGACCAGCAGGCCCCCGGGGGCCACCGGGCCUCCCAGGAGAGAGGGGUCAGCCGGGGCCUCCCGGACCCCCUGGACCCCCCGGACCACCAGGGCCUCCCGCACCCAUCCCUGAAGACAAAGAGAAGAAGGACUUGCUCCUCUCUAACAGCUUCCCGGACCCCCGAGCUGCCCCUGCACAAGGCCCUCAGGGACCCCCGGGACCCACAGGCCCACCAGGAACCAGAGGCCCAACAGGACCCCCAGGACCCAUUGGACCGAGUGGGAAGCCAGGAGCCCCUGGUUUACAGGGACCCAUGGGGCCAAAGGGCGAGCGAGGGGAGAGAGGCCCUCUGGGAUACCCCGGAGAGAGAGGAUUCAAGGGGGAGCCGGGUGAACAGGGACCGAAGGGUGAGCCGGGAGAGAAAGGCCUUCCGAGCGAUUUAAACGGGGACGGCAUACACCAAAUCCGCGAGGCCCUGAAGAUCUUAGCCGAGAGGGUUUUAAUCCUCGAGACUAUGAUCGGUAUUCAUGAACCCGACAUAGGAUCAGGCGAUGGUCCGUUUGGCACCGCGACGACUGAGUUUUACCGGAACAAGCGGGCCGGAGCCCUGCCGUUCCGGGUCAAACCUCCAUCCCUCCCUGCUGUGGAUAAAAUCAGAGGGAAUUAGCUCCUAAAGCUCCAGCUUGGACUGGCAACACCGCUCACAAGUCCCUAUAACACACGUCCUAUAGCUCCACCCGUAUAACCCGUCUGUUACGCUUACUCCGGAACCCACCGCAGAACCAAGAAAGAGGGAGGAACCUCAGGGAAGAUCAACUGGUGCUGCAGACGUUCACCACCUCUACUGGGAAUCACUUCCACAAGCUCUGCACGAGUAGAUGUAGAGUAGACGCCCAAAUCUGCACAAAUCAAGCUUUAAAACAGUGCUUUACAUACCUUACACACAUCACCAAAAAAAUAUAAUCACCAGAACCAAAAGAACGUCUGAACUGGUAUCAACCUGCAAAAGGAAACGAACCAUGAAAUCUACUACUGGUGCUUGAAUAACUUUAAAAAAAAAGAAAUAAAAACGAUUUUUGAGGACGGGACAAAUCAAGCUGGUACACACGAUGGAGAAGGAGGAGGAUCUGAACGUUAUACGUUAUUAAUCGCUGUUGAAGUUGAAGUUGUAUAUUCCGCAGACCUCUUAGAGACGGUAGAUAAUAUUGUAGGUAGGAGAAGAAGAAGAGAAAACAUAUCCAAGCAAACGAAAUGAAAUUACAAUCGUAGUUAUUCUCCCUAGCAUUAAAUGCACUAUGUUGAUGAAGACACAUUAUCCAGUUUCAUAUCCAUACACACAACCUCUGGAGUCAAAAAGUGUUCGAUGAGAAUGAAAUCAUGGAAAAGUUCGGUGAAAAUCAAAAGAUCACGGUUGAUCAAUAACCUCAGAUGUUACAUACAGUACUAUACCAUCCAAAUGAUUGAAGUUAGGUGUUUCAAUCACUUAUUUCAAUGGCCACAGGUGUAUAAAGAUGCAGCAGCUAGGCAUGCAGACUGCUUCUACUACCAUUAAUGAAAGUGUUCUGGGUGUGUCUCGGGUCAUUGUCAUGCUGGAAGACCCAGCCAUUACAUUAAGGGAAGGAGGUUGUUGUCUAAAAUCCAAAAUUGUAAAACAUGACCUUCCUUUGAAACAGUACAGUCGUAUGCUAUUUUGACAAAAGUAUUUAAGAGUAAAUUACUUACUUAGUAAACUCUUAAUGUGUUUGAGAGCAUCCAAACUACUCAACUAAGAAAAGAAAAAAAAAUACUUUAAGAAAACUUUGAAAGUGUCCUCAACUGCAGUUGCAAGAAAAAGAUAAUCAAAAAUGUUGUAAUGAUUAAACCGGCCCUCAUCAGGACCAUUGAAAGAGAAGGUACUGGUACUUUGUGAUAGAGAAAGCUAGGAACAACAGUUGAACUCAAAGAAAGCAGAGAUUAGAAAUAAUCGCUGACGAAUUAACUGUAAUCUGAAUAAUCAGAAAAAUAAUCGACAAAUUAGUCGAAUAACACAAUUUAUUUAAAUCUCAUAACUAAUCAAAAAUGUACAUUAGAGAAGCACAUCAUAUACAGCUCUGGAAAAAUAAGAGACACUUAAAAAUGAUGAGUUUCUUUGAUUUUAUCAAAUUGAAAACCUCUGGAAUAUAAUCAAGAGGAAGAUGGAUGAUCACAAACCAUCAAACCACCAAACUGAACUGCUUGAAUUUUUACACCAGGAGUAAAGCAGCAUAAAGUUAUCCAAAAGCAGUGUGUAAGACUGGUGGAGGAGAACAUGAUGCCAAGAUGCAUGAAAAAAAACUGUGAUUAAAAACCAACCAGGAUUAUUCCACCAAAUAUUGAUUUCUGAGCUCUGCAUCUUAUUUCAGUCAUUUAUCAUUUUCUGCAAAUAAAUGCUUUAAAUGAGAAUAUUUUUAUUUGGAAUUUGGAAACAAAUUGUCUGUAGUUUAUAAAAUAAAACAACAAUGUUCAUUUUAUUCAAACAUAAACGUAUAAAUAGCUUAUAUCUUAUUUUUUUCCAGAGCUGUAUAUAUGUAUAAACUUUUAAUCUAGGGUCAUUGAUCAAUCACGUUCAUCAGAUUUCUCACUGAAUGACUCCUGUAAACGUGGUUUCAGUGCACCGUUCCCACCUAAAUCAGUUUUUUUAUUUUCUGCUUGUGUAACCUGUACUGUAUGUAUCUAUUUAUAAUGAUUAUUUAGUUUAGACUCUAGACGUUGUUGCUUUAUCUGUAGUCGUACAGUUGUGUUUCAGGUGUUAGUGUGUGGAAAUAAACCACAGAUAGUUCAAAACCACGUCCUCAAUGGGAACAAUGUGCAAUUAAUUACCUGUGGAUCAGAACUGGGGGGAGUGGUCAGAAGGCCACAAUGUUUAAUAAAAUAUUGUACUGUAAGAAAACAUGCUGAUAUUGACCUAAACGUCUUUUGUACAUUUACACAAGAUUUGGCUAUCCUGACGGUUCACAUUCACUUAGGCUACAUUAACAUUACCAUCUGAUUUUUUCAUGGCUGUGUGAACGUGCCAAAUCAGUUUUUUUCAAAUCAUAUUUGAGUCACUUUGCCUACGUUCACAUUGUAAGCCACAUUGCUUAAAUACAAUUCUUUGCUCAGAUCAGAUUUGGCUAUCUUGACGGUUCACAUUCACUUAGGCUACAUUCACAUUACCAUCUGAUUUUUUGCUUAAUUUGGCUAAGAUCUGAUUUUUUCAUGGCUGUGUGAACGUGCCAAAUCAAAUCAGAUUUGAGUCACUUUUUAGGCUACGUUCACAUUAUAAGCCACAUUGCUCAAAUCCGAAUUUUUGCUCAAAUCAGAUUUGUCUAUCUUGACGGUUCACAUUCACUUUGAUUUUACAUUCCCACAGAUGUAUAGAUACAAUCUGCAUACAAAUCAUUUUAAUACAAGGUGUGAACAGCCACUGGAAACAAAUCUAAAACUGUACCAGUUACUGAUGCUUAACCUGAUACUAGGUGUGAAUGGGGAUGUCUGGCACCCAUUCUCUUUUUUUAAAGGCUUUUGCAAAACAGUUUAAAUACACAAAUCAGCUUUAAAAUGUUCAGUACCAGUCAAAAGUUUGGACACCUUAAAUUCAGUGGUUUUUUUUCCCUUAUUUUAAAAUAUUCUGCAUUUUUACUAAAUGAAAAAGUGUAUGUUUUAUAUUUUACAUUCUAUAUUUUACAAAGACGCCCCUCUUAGAUGCUUAGAUGAUCAGUUUUGAACAUCUCUGCUGGAUUUUCUCAGUCAGAUUUAUGAGUUAGAGUCACCUGAAAUUCAGGCUUUCAGUUAACAGCUGUGCUGAACUCAUCAAGAGUUAAUUACUGGAAUUUCUUGUAUCUUAAUGUAAAGUUUGAGAGCAUCAGUUAAAGUAAAGUAGUGAAGAGGUAUGAGAAGCAAAAACUACUUAACUAAGUAAAGAAAAAAAUACUUUAAGGAAAAAUGAAGGUCAGUAAAUCAAAAUCAUUAUAAUGGUGAAACUGGCACUCAUCAGGAAGGUAGAGCCCUAGGAAAGAAAGAGCAAUCAUUUACUAUGUAGAAAUGACAAGGUGUGCCCAAACUUUUGACUGGUACUUUAAAUACAAUUUUUAAAUUUAGAAAUUAAAGUUAGAAGUUAAUGUGUAAAGUGUGUAAAAUAAAAAAAUAAAAAACUGAGAAAUGAAACUUCACACCCCAAUCUGACACACACACACACACACACACACACACACACACACACACACACACACACAAACAGGAAAUAGCAACAGUAAACACAACUUAAAUUCUGUUUUUAUCUGUGCUGGUUGGUUUCUGUGUGUAUUUGUGACUUUUCUUUUAUAGCUGUCGUCUCAUGAUUCGUCUCAUUUCUCCCUAUAAUAAAUAUUGUGGUUAAUUAUUUAAAGAUGAUUAUUAUCGAUAGGUGUUUUUUCUGUGUUUUUAUUUUUAUUGUACUCAUGUAACAUUGCUUGUACUCUCGAAUUUUAGCAUAACUUUUCAGACAGCGCAGUUCUUGUCCUGUAAGUGUUCAGAAUGGUGGUAAAACUUAAUAAAAGCUGUUUGUGUUUCUUUUUUUAAGUCUUAAA